AUGGCUGACAAGAUGGAUCGCGGUCUCGAUGAGAUCAUUGCUGAUACUCGCUCCAAUCGACCUCGCAACAACCGUGGACAAGGUCGCCGACGUGAACCGCGUAACGAUUUCCCUCGCGAUGGUGUUAGAAAGUCUGCUCGCGACGAUUCACGAAACAUCGACAGUGAAUGGGUCCACGACCGUUUCGAAGAGAACAACAACCGUCGGGCACCUGCUCCUCGCCGCCGCCGCGAAUCCCCAGAACAAGACUCCAAGGGCACAAAGAUCCGUGUUGCAAACGUUCACUACGACCUUACCGAUGAUGACCUCUCUGAGCUCUUCCAACGAAUUGGGCCUGUCAGUCGUCUCCAGCUACGAUAUGAUCGCGCUGGACGAUCUGAGGGCACCGCCUACGUAACCUACGAACGAAGAGAGGACGCCGAGGAGGCGGUCAAACAAUUCGAUGGUGCCAAUGCUAACGGCCAACCUAUUCAAUUGACUCUUCUGCCCAAUCGAAACCCAUUUGAUACUGCCGUUAUGCCCGGCCGUUCACUUGCAGAGCGUAUUUCAAGCCCAGGGGACAGAAGAUCGCAUUCACCCCACCGCCGACGCGAUGACGAUGACGCCGCCCGAAGGGGAAUUGAUAGAUAUGUUCCCGGCCAAGGCUCACGUCGAAGCCCAAUGCCUCGAGGCCGUGGUCAAGGCCAAGGUCAGGGUCGGGGCCAAGGUGGUCGCCGUCCUGGUGCUCGUCGUGACGGCAGAGAAGGAGGUAGAGACCAGGAGGGAGGCCGAGGUGGCCGAGGCAGCCGCCCUUCUAAGAAGACACAGGAGGAACUUGAUGCUGAGAUGGCCGACUACUUUGGCGGAGACAGCGCGCCCGCAGAGCUCGCAGAGCCCGCUAACCAGCAAGAUGCACCUCCCGCUCAAGCACCCGCAGCCGCGCAGCCUCAAGCACAAGCUGCCGCUGACGAUAUCGACAUGAUUGAGUAG